ACCUCCAUCGAUUCUAUCCGCAUAACCUAGAGGACGCUAAACUCGUCUUUCUAAAGCCUUAUCGAAAACAAAAAUAUACAUGAGGGAAAUUCUCUACAUUCAGGCAGGGAAUCUCUCCAACCAUAUCGGUACCCACUUCUGGAAUACCCAGCAAGAGUAUUUUACCUACGAUGAAGACGAACCCGUUGUCACCUUGAACGAUAUCUCCUUCAGACAAGGACUGUCGCCGCGCGGAGAGGAAACAUUCUGCCCACGGCUACUCCUCUUUGACCGCAAAGCCAAUUUUGGUGCCCUGCGACGCACGAAUGCUUUAUAUGCCGAAGACGAAGACGCCGAAUCCUUAUGGACUGGAGAGGUCUCCGAGUUCCGUCAACCACCCAUUGAACCGAGCUCUUACCAGGCUCGUCUUGCAGCCGGAGAAGAUCCUACCCCUGCGCCACAGACUGACGAUCAGGAUCCAUCCUCCGAGAAAGUAGCAGAACCUCUGAGGAGCACUGAUUUAAGGUACUGGUCGGAUUAUAACCGCCUUUAUUACCAUCCACGGACCAUCCAGGCUUUGCCCGACGUGGCAGACUGGGAGAACGUAGAUGGGAACUGGAGUCUCGGGAAGCAGACAUUCGACCGAUUCAACGCAGAUACUUCUUUGAUGGAAGAGCCGUUCAGGCAAUUUGUGGAGGAAUGCGACGCUCUCCAGGGCCUUCACUUAACCACCGAAGUCUCAGCUUUUGGAUCCUUUACAUCUUCACUGCUGUCCGCCUUCCGAGACGAAUAUGGAACCAAGCCAUCAACUCUCACAUUCCCUAUUCUUUCCAACGCUCGACCGGGCCACAUCGACGUCGACGAUUAUAUAGGAAUUCGAAACGCAGUCAAUGAUGUACUAUGCCUUCGUAGCCUCAACGAACUCUCGACGAUGAAUGUACCACUGCAAAAUCCGGACUUGUGGCGUACGGGGUCAUGGUCUGAACAACUCAACUUCGAUUCACGGAGCGCAUACGAAACUUCAGCCAUCCUGUCCGCUCACCUCGAGACCGCCACAUUACCUCUCCGAAUAAAAGGCGAGCUCGUAUCCCUCACCGAUCUGUGCACCAAGGUCAACUAUGAUGGCAACACACCGUUCGCGGAACUGAACGGUCUUUUACCUUUGACGUCAAAUGCUUUUGCGUCGGACGAAGCACUGAGGAGAGGGAUGAUGAAUUUCUCGGGCUUCAAUAUGCAAGAGGAUGACGUUGUGGUGCCGAUAUACCGAUGGGAUAUCAUACGAGGGGCGUCUGAACAGGGCAAGAAAAAAUAUUCGGAUUUCGAACUACCAUCAUCAAUCUCUAGCCUCUUCACCGCUACAACCUACCCUCUCCCCUCCUCAUAUCCCUCCAUCUUCUCUCCUUCCUCCCUAACCACAUCCAAGCGCGGAAUCCUCGCCGCCACACCAUCUACUCCCCGACCGCUACCCACUUCGAUCUCCCUCCUAUCGUCCUUCACUCUCAGCCCCAGCGGCCUCCCUGCCCUAUUCUCGAACUACGCGACAUUCCUAGACAAAUGCGUGAAGAGGAAGGUGGAUUGGGAGGCGGUGGGUGCAGGUGAUGCGAUCGACGGGGAUGAGGUGAAGGAGUUGAGGGAUGAGAUGUGGGUGCUUGCGGAUGGGUUUGGGGUUAGAGAAGGCGGGGAGGAGAGUGAACUAGGUGAGGACGAGGAGAGAGGGAAGCAAUGGGAAGAAGAUAUGAUCGACGAAGACUGAAUGGUGUACGUUUCAGUGGUGAGAAGUAAAAAUGCACGGCCAUAGUAUGAGGAGGGGAUGACCACAAAUGUAUCCCGCAAAACAAGCCCCGUGGUGCUUGCAAGCUUUUCAAACUUGGGCCACAGUACUUCAUAUCCUUACUCUAAGGGGCCACAAUAUCAUCCGC